AUGAAGCUCACACUUGUUUUAUCAACUAUGUUAUCAAUUGCCUCAGUCAGAGCUGCUUUAGUUAAAAGACAGACUGAAGAUGAUGUGGAAAUUGUAACAGUUGUUGAAUCACUUUCAACAACUGCUGCCAGUAUUACUGAAUCGUUAGCAUCCUCGCUCUCCUCAAUUGCAUCUGAUGCCAGUGAAUCAUUGUCCUCUCUUGCUUCGGAUAACAGUGAAUCGUCAGAAUCGUCAGAAUCGUCAGUUUCUUCUGAAUCAUCCGAAUCAUCUGCUGUAUCUGAAGCCUCUGAGGCAUCAGAAUCGUCAGAAUCCUCCAGAUCGUCUGCUAUUUCUUCGUUCAGUUCAUCAAUAUCAUCAGUUGCUUCUGAUUUCUCUGAAUCGUUGGAUUCUGAAUCUGCAGUAGCUGCUACAGGAACAGAAACAUCAUCCAACUUGGCCCCAGGUGUUUUUAAUCCCUCGUUGAAAGUUGCAUUAUCGACAUCUUUCGUCGGUGCAUUAGCUUUAAUAUUUCUUUAA